GAAUUAUCGAUAUGAUCUUUCAAAGGUUGGCUGAACAUUAUACCUGCCUAUAUAAAAAUAACCACCAAAAAUAAAACAAAAACUUAAAACAACCGUUUUACUGCAAUGGAUCUUUUUUAAUUAAUAAUCGGUUAAUCAUCGCGAUGGUUUCAGGGAAGCAUCGAUUUGUUUUAUGUUUUUUUCAAACACUUUUUUUAAAUGAUGAUUAUAUUUCAUUUACUUAAUAUACAGAUAUAUUGUGAAAUUGCCAAAUAUUUAGGAGUAUGCAUAAACAUAUUAUCAAAAGUAGUUGCGAUCAUGUUUAUACAGUGGAUUAGUUUCAUUGCAGAAUCUGUGCGAUUGUUUUAAUUGAGGACUAACUUAAUGGUAAAUUGGCUUAUAAUAUACGAACAUAUAUAUAACAUAUUACUGAAAACGAAAUAACAUACUUCAAAGCUAUUUAUUGCCAAUAUAGCACUCCUCUUCGCACAAACAUCAGCCACUCACUAAUUAUCCGAAGAGAAAAAGUGAGACGAGCAUGAUUCAUACCACUCGAGUUGUGUGCACACUGCUUCAACUUUACUACACCUUGGUGAUCACCGAUAGCCCGGUGUUUGCGAGAGAAAGGGCUUCUACGACAGAGGCUGUUAAUGUAUUACUUCAGGUGUCUGGUAUCGAUGCGAACAGAGCUUUAGUAACUGUAAAUUCCGCACGCGGUGAAACAGUUCACGAGGAGGCUCGCCGUGUUGUAGUACCAGUGACUGACUCGUCAGAUUUAUCCAACAGCGUCAACUUCUGGUUGGAAUUAGAAAACAGAAUAUCACGGAUUAGCGAAUUUCUAAAUAAUACUUAUCCGGAUAUAAAGUCUAUAACCUGUAAAGCGUCUCUCGUAGAAGAUCUUGCCACUGAGUUGCAAUCUAGAAUUGGAAGAAGAGGAGUGAUUGUCGUUUCAAACACGCAAGCUAUGGAUGAUCAUCCAAUAAUACAUGAUAUCGAAUUAGAAGGAGGCGAUGCGCACAAUAUGGACACAAAUUCACACAUAAGCCACCCGUUUUAUGGAGUCAUGCUUGCUGUUUCUGCUGCGUUCCUAGUUGGAUUAAGCUUCAUAUUCCAAAAGAAAGCCUUGAUCAAAACCGAAGCCAAGAAAAAAAAAGCUUCUUUCGUCAGAACUGGAUCACUUGGAGAAUUUUCCUAUCUGACACAAUGGAUGUGGUGGUGUGGAAUGGGCGCAAUGGCCUUGGGAGAAGUUUUAAAUUUUGUUGCAUAUUCUAUCGCACCAGCUAUAUUGGUAACGCCUCUUGGAGCACUCAGAGUAAUUGUCAGUGCCAUACUUUCUGCAAUGUUUCUCGGUGAACGACUAAAUGUGCAUGGGCAAUUAGGAAUUCUUCUAAGUCUCACUGGAUCAGUGAUGGUCAUCAUUCACGCACCUCGUAGUGAAAAAGUUCAAACGUUUGAGCAAGUAGUCGUUCAUUUUACGGAUACAACGUUUGUGAUUUACUGUGUUAUCCUGAUGAUUGCCACCGGAUUUCUGGUUUUCUACUCGGGACCCAAAUACGGGCGAACAAACAUCAUGGUCUAUAUAUCAGUAUGCAAUAUUGUGGGUGCUUUAUGUGUUUUGUGGGGCAAGGGUUUGGGAAUAGCCAUUAAAGACAUGGGAAGCAACGGGGAGUCUGUAUAUCUGCAUCCUAUAUUUUGGAUGUUGGUACUUGGUAACGUUCUGGGUAUAGUCUUACAAAUAGUUUAUCUCAACAAGGCGUUGGCAGUCUUUGACACAUCUAUGAUUACACCUAUUAAGUACGUUUUUACGAACGUUUUUCUUGUUUUUGGCUCCAUUUUGCUUUUUCAAGAAUUUGCUUACAUGUCCAUUGAAGAUGUGAUUGGAAUUACUUGUGGAUUUGUCACAGUGGUGACAGGUGUCGUUUUGCUGAAUUUAUUCAAGCGUUCAAAACCUCAAGCCGGAUCAGCAUAACUAUAGUUUGAAUAUGAAGCAGGAAUGUUGUAGAGCAUGUAUUUCAGAUUUGGCAUGUCACAUUUGUGCCAAAUCGAAGCGCCAUAAUUUUUAUUUCUUACAAUAUAUGUCUUGGUUGAGGUCUUCAUAUAAUAAGGUACACUCCGUGCAUUACACCUGAGUAUUUACUUUUCCCUCGCUUUUGUGAAACUAUGAAAAAAUGUCUGUCAACAUUUUGCAAAUCUUAGUGAUAUGAAGGGUUACAUCCCACCUUCUCAUGCUCUCUACCUCGGAAACAACAUUUACAAAAGAAGAUUCAUCAUUUUCAUUGUAGACUGUGUACCAUUAAUACCUGCUGAAAGAGGUCUACCCGAUAUUUUAAAUAAUUUUUUGGAGAUUUCUCAGCAAUAUUUCAAUGAAAUAUACAAUUGUCUCAUUCGGUUAUCGUUGCCCUACUAAUAGGCAUUCACUUACCAUUUAAAUUUUUGUAGUAUAAUGGUUGGAAAAUCCAUUGCUGUUCGCUAUGACUUUACCAAUUUCUACCAUGUAUUUGGCCUGGGGAGGGGAAAGAUGUUGGGGCGGACAGAACAAUGAAAUGCGCUAAUAUUGUCCCUUUUGCCAUUUGGAAUUUUAGACUGCAUGUCGAGAUUUGAAUCACAUCUGUUCCACUGUUAGGCGGGAUUGUUUUCUAAUUCAAGACAAAAAUCCGAGUUAUGAAGAUGAUUUUUUAAAGUGUUUUUUAUAUAUUUAAUACUUAGUUACAGUGUGGACAAUUUUCGUUCUUACUUUUCCACGAACGGAACUAGUUCCUUUAGCAGUUGUCUUAAAACAUUUCACUUUUUGCGUAAAAUUAUAUUUAGGCUAGAUUUUGAUACACCAUUUCACUUUCAGUGACAUAUGAGUUUUUUAUUUACUUAUCAACGUCGUUCCUUGCUGUACAAUUCUAUUUAACGCUUCUGUUUAUACGGCACUAGACCAGCAAUUGUCACUUUACUAUGUCUUACAUUAUGCAAAUCUGAGCUUGGAUAUAAAGUCAUGAUUUUAAAAUAAAAAGAACUUUGUUCUGUGAAUAUUAUUGUGGUAGACAGAGUGAUUGAAUAUGCUUAAUUAACUAUUUUGCUAAAGCACCAGUGAGAUCAAGACUCGGCAGGAUUAAUGCAGUGUUUUAGCCAUCUUAU